CAAGGAGCCCGACGACAGGGCGCCAGGACCCUGGGACCAUGACCUUAGCUGAAGGCAGCUGCUUAACAGACUGAGCCACCCAGGCGCCUCAAGAAUCCAGACUUUUAAAGGUUCAAAAGCAACGGGGGAUUAAACAAAAUGGGGGAUUAAACUAGACGUUGCCUAGGCAGUCAUAUGCUGUGAAGGGAUGAGAAGCAGAAAGUGAUUUGGGAACUGCGGGGAGGCAGGGGGAAGGGAUGGGGAAGGGAGCUGGGGGUCCGUGCAUUGUUGGGGGUCUCACGAGCGGCAGGGGGAUCCCAGGCACUCAAUGUUAUUAGAGGAAAAGUUUUAACACGGUAACCCUUCCGCACGAGGGGCCUUGGGCCUCAGGCCCAGAGCAGCUGGGUGCUUUGGGGAGGAAGGAGGCCGCUCAGCCCCGGGACUGCCCUCCACCAUAGCGUCCUCCAGCAGAAGUGCAGCAGUGGCCUAGCUCUUGCUCCCAGCCAAUCAGAGGGAGGAGGAUUUGAGCCAGUUCGAGGGAAAUGGGCCUCGGGGAGUAAGAAAGAGGGAGGAAGACAUGAGCUGGCCCCAAAGAUGGGUCUUAACCAGCCAAAUGGAGGAGGGCCCCAUUCUGAGGGAGGAGGGUCCAAGCCUGUCUGAGGGAGGGAGGAGGAGGCCGGGCCCACCCAGGGGCCCCUGGAGGACUUGUUUCCCUUGUGGUUUUUUGUACUUCCUGUUCCCCUGUGCACUGCGGAAGUUCCUCUUCUUACCCUGCACCCAGAGCCUGACCGGAGAGGACAAGGGCAGGAGGCACCAUGAGUGGGGGCCCUGUGGGAGGCAGGUCUGGGGGUCGCGGAGGACCAGGGGUUCAGCAGAACAUACCCUCCACACUCCUCCAGGACCAUGAGAACCAGCGACUCUUCGAGAUGCUGGGUCGGAAAUGCUGGACACUGGCCACCGCCGUUGUUCAGCUGUACCUGGCAUUACCUCCUGGAGCUGAGCACUGGACCAAGGAGCACUGUGGGGCUGUGUGCUUCGUGAAGGAUAACCCCCAGAAGUCCUACUUCAUCCGUCUUUAUGGCCUUCAGGCUGGCCGGCUGCUCUGGGAACAGGAGCUGUACUCACAGUUGGUCUAUUCCACUCCCACCCCCUUCUUCCACACUUUUGCUGGAGAUGCCUGCCAAGCAGGGCUGAACUUUGCAGAUGAGGGCGAGGCCCAGGCCUUCCGGGCCCUGGUGCAGGAGAAGAUCCAAAAAAGGAAUCAGAGGCAAAGUGGAGAUAGACGCCAGCUACCCCCACCACCAGCACCAGCCAAUGAAGAGAGAAGAGGAGGUAUCCCACCCCUGCCCCCACACCCAGGCGGAGACCAAGGGGGCCCAGCAUCUGGCCAACUGUCCCUGGGGCUAGUAACAGUGGACAUCCAGAACCCCGACAUCACAAGUUCACGAUACCGUGGGCUCCCAGCACCUGGGCCUGGCCCAACUGAUAAGAAACGCUCAGGGAAGAAGAAGAUCAGCAAGGCUGAUAUUGGUGCACCAAGUGGAUUCAAACAUGUCAGCCACGUGGGGUGGGACCCCCAGAAUGGAUUUGACGUAAACAACCUGGACCCGGACCUGCGGAGUCUGUUCUCCAGGGCAGGAAUCAGUGAGGCCCAGCUCACGGAUGCCGAGACCUCCAAACUUAUCUACGAUUUCAUUGAGGACCAGGGCGGGCUGGAGGCUGUGCGGCAGGAGAUGAGGCGCCAGGAGCCGCUUCCACCACCCCCGCCGCCAUCCAGAGGAGGAAACCAGGCCCCCCGGCCCCCUACAAUCGGGAGCAACAAGGGUCGCUCUGGUCCACUGCCCCCUGUACCUUUGGGAGGUGCUCCACCCCCACCAACUCCCCGGGCACCCCCACCCCCAGGCCGAGGGGGCCCUCCACCACCACCCCCUCCAGCCACUGGACGUUCUGGACCACUGCUCCCUCCGCCCCCUGGAGCUGGAGGGCCCCCCGUGCCUCCACCACCACCACCACCACCCCCACCACCCAGCUCUGGGGAUGGGCCAGUCCCUCCCCCACCUACUGCUCUGGGGCCUGUGGGGGGCCCGGCCCCUGGUGGAGGUCGGGGGGCACUUUUGGAUCAAAUCCGGCAGGGAAUUCAGCUGAACAAGGUGAAGACGGGCGAGAUGGAGGAUUCGGGGGGGGCUCUGGGACUCGGGGGUGCUGGGCAAGUCAGGAUCUUGGGGCCCAGGGCUGAAACUCGCAGAGGCCCCAGGCUUUUGGGUUUCAGUGACAGGGCUGGGAGGCCGGUGGGGAGAGGUAGGUUGGGAACCCUGAAGGGGAAUGGAGUGUAUGGGAGGGGAAAUGAUGAGGAAGGGGCAGGGAGGAGUGCUCCUGUCGCGGGCCUUGAACCCUCUGUGCUGGACCCCGCUUGCUGCAGACGCCCGGGGCCCCAGAGAGCUCAGCGCUGCAGCCUCCCCCUCAGAGCUCAGAAGGGCUGGUGGGAGCCUUGAUGCACGUGAUGCAGAAGAGAAGCAGAGCCAUCCACUCCUCAGACGAAGGGGAGGACCAGGCCGGCGAAGAGGAUGAGGACGAUGAGUGGGACGACUGAGACACCCUCGCCACCUGUUCUGAGCCCCCUCCCCUGGCAGCCGCGGCUCGCUGCCCUCUGCUCCCGGCCUCCAGGGCCCUCAGGCCCCAUUUCUUCCCCACCGACCCUUCCAAAGCUGGUCCCCAACAUUCACCCUAGCAGGAGCCAGGGCCCCUUUUUAUACAGAAUUUCUCGGUUCUCCUCACAUAAGGAUUUUGAGACCAAAAUAAAAUAACUAUCUUUUUGUUUCUCUAAAUCUCAGUUGGUUUAUAUUCCAAAUAUAGAAAUUUGGGGUCCUGUAGCCCCAAAGUCUCUUUUAUUCAUCUAUCCCAUUUCAUUAAUUU